UUGGGCAGAGAGUAACGGGUGCUGGGAGUAAGUCGAGUGCUCGUUCCACACUGAAAUCACAUGAUGGCAAAUCUGGGAAUUCCUGCUUCAUUUAUGAGUGUGCACAGGAUGCAAUGUCACUCUCUCCCCAUCCAGAGAUGCUUACUACAAAGGACUGAGCUGAAUUCCACAGCAACAAAGUCAUUUACCCAAAUAAACUCUCCAUUUGGAAAACACCAGACAUCUUGCAGCUUCCUCAGAUGAAACAUUUCUUCUAUUUUUAACAUCUGUACACCUUCAUUUUUUUUUUUUUUUUCAUUUUAGAGGUUUUUAUUUUCAAACAAAAGAACCGCUUCAAGAAUUCUUCAGAAAAGCAGGAGAACACCCCCCAGGGACAGAUGUACUUGGAUAGCAGAGAUGACACUACAAUUUCUAGACAACAAGAGAUGGAGCUAGAUCAGCCAUCUUUACAUCAAACCAGUUUAUCUGCAACAAUGUCAGCCAAACCGAUGACCAGAAGUUGCAAUGAGCUGCAGCUGUUAAAAGAGUAUCACGGCAUGGUGACGAGCCUUGGAGAGUCACAGACCUUGUGUGAAAAACCAGCAAUAGGGGACGAUGGCUGCAUUGCUCUGGGGAAGGACUUCACCCCUGUCUCCAUGCAGGGAAGAUAUCACUUCAAUUUUUCGAAAUUAUUUAGCUCAAGGUCAAAAAACACUGGCUUUACAGAGAAGACACCACUAUUGAAGGUUUCCUCAGAGGAAAAUGGGUUGCAGUGCAUGGCUCUUCAUAAUCCAGAUUUUACCACAGAUGAUGAUUCAUGGGAAAACAGCUCUGCAGAAUUUGAGCAAAGGAUUCAACUAGGAAGUGAAAUGACAAGUUUGUCCAGAUCUGCUUCUUCUGAGAAAUAUGAAAUCUUGGACAACCUUCAUGUCAAGUUCAAUUUAUCAAAGAUGAGAUGCUGUCUAAAAUUCCUGAAAGUUUCAGGCCUUUUAAUCUUUGUAGUUGUUUGCUCUAUUUUAUUUGGCAUUUAUCCAGAUCAAAGUGUGUCCUGGCAGAUGUUGGCUGUAUCACCUCUGGAAAGCUUCUCUAUGAAUCUGACUGAUGUUCAUGAUUCUGCUCUGUUGAAGUUAGAUAUAGGAGGCCCAUUUGUAGCAGAUGUAGUUAAUCAGCAAACAGAGGAAUUCAUUACAGUACAAGUGGUUCAGACUGAAGAUCCUGGAUCAAGAAGACGACGCCAGCAGCAGGUGGUAUACAACUGGUCCCUACCCUUAAGUUCAAGAAGAAAUCAGCAAAUCAUCACAUCUAGAACCUUUCAGAUACCAAACAGAGGUACCAUCUUCAUAAACAUUCAAGCUUUCCUACAGGAGCCUAGAAGUGUUCCUCUCUCCAUGAAACAUCAGUACGUUCAUGCAAAUAUAGAGGCACAAGUAACAAUUGCGUCCAUCAUCUUAGUAGGUGUCUACGUGCUGAUCAUACUGGAAAUUGUUCACAGGACCCUUGCAGCGAUGCUGGGCUCUUUGGCAGCUUUAGCCACCUUAGCUGCUGUUGGGGAGAGGCCAAGUAUGGUCAAAGUGGUGGAGUGGAUUGAUUAUGAGACACUGGCAUUGCUGUUUGGAAUGAUGAUUUUGGUGGCCAUAUUUUCAGAGACUGGAUUCUUUGACUACUGUGCAGUAAAGGCUUAUCGAUUCUCCAGAGGCAGGGUGUGGGCCAUGAUUACACUUUUGUGCCUCAUUGCUGCAAUUCUUUCUGCAUUUCUGGACAAUGUUACCACUAUGCUGCUCUUUACUCCAGUAACCAUAAGGCUCUGCGAAGUUCUUAAUCUUGAUCCUAGGCAUGUCCUGAUUGCAGAAGUAAUCUUCACAAAUAUUGGGGGGGCUGCCACAGCUGUUGGGGAUCCUCCAAACGUGAUUAUUGUUUCAAAGGAGGAGCUGAGAAAGAGGGGAUUGGAUUUCGCAGCCUUCACAGCACAUAUGUUUGUUGGUAUCUGCCUUGUUGUUCUGGUCUCCUUUCCUUUUCUCAGACUUCUUUACUGGAACAAAAAACUUUACAAUAAGGAACCAAGUGAAAUUGUUGAGCUGAAACAUGAGAUCUAUGUUUGGAGACUGACCGCACAGCGCAUUAACCCGGCCAGCAGAGAGGAGACUGCUGUGAAAUGCCUCUUGAUGCAGAAGGUGCUGACUCUGGAGACGCUCCUGAGGAAGAAGCUGAGGACAUUUCACAGGCAAAUUUCACAAGAAGAUAGAAACUGGGAAACAAAUAUUCAGGAACUCCAGAAAAAACACAGAAUAACAGACAAAAUUCUUCUCAUCAAAUGCCUGGCUGUGCUGGGAUGUGUUAUUCUUAUGUUUUUUCUCAACUCAUUUGUUCCAGGCAUCUACCUUGAUCUUGGCUGGAUUGCCAUGUUGGGAGCCAUUUGGCUGCUGGUGCUAGCAGACAUCCAUGAUUUCGAGAUGAUAUUGAACAGAGUUGAGUGGGCAACCCUCCUUUUCUUUGCAGCAUUGUUUGUUCUCAUGGAGGCUUUGGCUAAUCUGCACUUAAUAGACUACAUAGGAGAGCAGACAGCUUUGUUAAUAAAGGGUGUUCCUGAGGACCAGCGCUUGGCGGUGGCCAUCAUUUUAGUGCUCUGGGUGUCCGCUUUGGCCUCCUCCGCGAUCGACAACAUCCCCUUCACAGCUACAAUGAUUCCUGUGCUUCUCAACCUGAGUAAAGAUCCUGAUGUUAACUUGCCUAUGAAACCAUUAAUCUUCUCAUUGGCCAUGGGUGCAUGCCUUGGAGGUAAUGGAACAUUGAUUGGAGCAUCUGCGAACGUUGUUUGUGCAGGAAUUGCUGAACAACAUGGAUAUGGCUUCUCUUUCAUGGAGUUUUUCAGGUUAGGUUUCCCCAUGAUGAUUGUCUCCUGUACCAUCGGGAUGUGCUAUCUUCUUGUUGCUCAUGUCGUAGUCGGUUGGAACUCAUAGUAAUUUAUACUUUCAAGACUCAAAGAAGCUUUCUCUUUCAUUUAGUUUAUAUAUCAGAACACUAAGAACACAUAUACACAGGAACAAAAUGUCUAAAGCCCCAACAUAUGGUACCAAUCAAAAUGAUUGUCAGCAUCAUCAUCAGGUUUGGUCAUUCUUAACAUUCUGUCUUGUGAACAAUUUGCAAAACUAGAAUAUCAAAAUUAAGAGAAUCCAUAUAUUUAAUUAUGAAUACAACUAUUGUGCAGAUGAAAAGGCACCAUCAGAAGGGAAUAUGUUGUGCCUGAAAGUUUGUAUUGACAUAAUUUGAGUAUAGUCAGAAAUGAAAAACUCAUUCACCAUAGCAGAGGUUCAGUAAUUUCUUUUUAGGACUUCAUUUGUCUUUGUCAAUGUAUUUAGCUAUUUGUAUUAAAGUAACUAAUAUUCAAGAUGUAAUAAUAGACAGUUAAGCAGAAAAUCUGUACACUAUGAAGGAUGUAUCAUUAUAUACAUUUAAAAAUAAAUACAUCUCCUGAAAA